UUCUUGUCUUUUUAGCUUCAGAUAAUCAUCACAGCACAGUGAGCACACCAUAGAGACAUAUCUAUAAAUAGCAAAAUAAUUAUUUUCUUCCUCUGUCGAAAUACUCACUCGAAAAUUCCCAAAUCCUUCCAAAAAUUUCUCCAUUUCUAGACACCAAAAGGAGGGGAAAAAGAACCAAUUUCUUUUUUUUUUUACAAUCGAAUGUUUCAUUCUUGCUGUGUAGAGAAUGGAAGCUGAUGUUUCUAUUCUUUCAAUAAAGUAACAAUUUUUUUUCCUUUUGAGGGGGUUUUUUCUUGAAAAUUGGCAAAAGGGGUUGUGGGGUUUUUGAGAUUUGGGACUCAAAGAUGGUGUAUUGAUACUUUUUUCUUCUUUUUGUAAGCUAUUUAUUGGAGAUGAGGAAUUUGUGGGUAUUUUGGUACUUGAGUUUUGUGUGUGUUUUGUGUACUAGAGUGUUUGGCAAUGUGGUUUUGAUAGGAAAGAACGUGACUUUAUCAUUUGAAGACAUUGAAGCUAAUUUUGCUCCGUCAGCGAGGGAAUCAGGCAUAUGCGGGACGUUGUAUGUGGCAGAGCCUUUAGAUGCCUGCUCGACCUUGACUAAUAAGGUUGAACCAGCUAAAAACAGCUCCCAUGAGCCAUUCUUGCUCAUAAUUAGGGGUCGAUGUAGUUUCGAAGAUAAAGUCAGACAAGCCCAAGCUGCAGGUUUCAAAGCAGCCAUUAUCUACGAUGAUGAAUACGGUGAUCUAGUUGCAAUGGCAGGAAACUCUGCUGGUGUGAAGAUACUCGCGGUGUUUGUUUCUAGAGCUUCAGGAGAAAAACUUACAAAGUAUGCUGGUAACAGUGAUGUGGAAGUAUGGAUAAUCCCGAGCUUUGAAAAUUCUGCCUGGUCCAUCAUGGCUAUAUCAUUCAUUUCGUUGCUCGCUAUGUCAGCAGUACUCGCUACCUGCUUCUUUGUCCGUAGACAUCGGAUUCGAAGAGAACGGCCCCGAGCCUCACACGUUCGUGAAUUUCAUGGAAUGAGUAGUCGUCUGGUGAAAGCAAUGCCAAGUUUGAUAUUUACAUCAGUUCUGGAGGAUAAUUGUACAUCUGUAACAUGUGCUAUAUGUCUUGAAGACUAUAGUGUGGGAGACAAGCUUAGAAUUCUUCCCUGCCGGCACAAAUUUCACGCUAUGUGCGUUGAUGCUUGGCUUACAUCAUGGAGAACGUUUUGCCCUGUCUGUAAACGUGAUGCAAGAACCGGCAAUGGAGAUCCUCCAGCAUCAGAAUCCACACCAUUGCUUUCUUCCAGUCUAGCUUCUCUAUCUUCAUUGUCAUCGUCUUUAGCUUCAUCAUCAUCAGCAAUACAAAUAGGCCCAGGAGGAUCAUUCCGAUCCCCUUCAGUUUCUCGUCCUCAAUCAAUCUCUACUACUCCAUAUAACCGCCAGUCACUUCAGUCCUACCAUCAGUCUCCUCAUCUUACUAUAAGUCGCAGUUCACUUGACCUUCAAAAUGCAUCUUCCCAGAGAUCUCGUGCGUCUACUUAUUUGAUUUCCUCUCACUCAUUGGGGCUAUCUCCUCUUAAUUCAAGAUACAUGUCUCCAUAUGUUCCUAGUCCAGGAAAUGCCUCGUCGAGUUAUAUUGGCUCCUCAAGUCGGUAUCCAAACCCUCUGCGUCAUAGUGAGUCGACCACUAGCUUUUCACCAUUUGCUUCAGCUCAGUCUCUUCCGGGAUGUGAGUCAUGAUCUGUUGAAUCUGGGGUCAAGCUUGUGCUACCCCUUGUUUACAGGGAUCAAUGUGGUUGUGUUGUUUGCACCUCAAAUCACACACCUAAAGACAGUGCGACAACUCUGGAGAUCAGCAGCUCUGGCACAUUGACAGAUGGAGGAAUAUGGACAGGAACCUCUAGAUUUGUACAUUAUCGCGUGACAUUCCCUUAUGUUGGUUAAAGGAGGGAUAUAUUCAGUUUUUAUUUUGAGGUAUUUAUGAGUGUACACACGAAAAGCAAUGGGUGUUCAUACUGUAUGCAGUUGCCCCUUUUACAUAUCCUUCUUGUUUUUUUGUUUUGCUUUUGUUUGUCUAGUGUUAUUGAUGUUCUUAGUAGUCUCGUUUAGGUCUUUUCGUUGUAACCAUUCGCUUAGAGCUCGAGCUUGUAUGUAGAUAAUUGUUAUGGAGGUGACUUUGUUGUAUGUUUGAGCAGGAUACUUUUGUUAUGUCAUGAAUUCAGGGUAGAAUAGCAUGUUUUUUG